GGCUUCCAUUUUCACAGUUCGACGCCCAUGUUGAGUUUUCGUCUCAAUGUCGCCGGUCUAGUGUUUCGGUCGACAAACAAUAUUACUUCUUUUUCAUUUCCAUUUUUUUUCCCCCCGUAGAAGUAAAUUAGGAAUUAAGACACGAAUAAUAUAGGAUAAUAGGAUUUCAGAAAUUGAAUAUUGUGGGAAGUGAAGUUUCCACUUUGAGGAGUGGCGCAGCCGUGUAAGAGAGAGAGAAAAUGGCCGCCAACACGACUCAGCAAAGCCAGCUUGCUAGUUGGUCUCAGCAGUAUAGUGGUGGAGGUUCUGGGUCUGAUACUACAGUCCAUGAAAAUCCAGAAUGGGAGAAAGCUCGUCAGGCUUUAGCUUCCAUCAGCAAGAACACCAAUACUUCUGCCAAAAAUGUUGCAGUGGGGCAGAGUCAGGCACAGGGCCAGCAGUAUUCUGCUGCUGCUGGGGAUUCAGUAGCCUUACAGCAACAGCAAUAUUUCCAGUGGUACCAGCAACAGCAGCAGCAGUACAGUGGAUAUGCCUACUCCUACAACUAUUAUUACCAGAUGCCUGCAUAUGCUAGUGGUUACCCACAGCAGGGUCAGUAUGCAGUGUCUGCGACAUAUGGAUCACAAGCAACCCCUACCACACCCACUGGACAGCCUCCUUUGCCACCAAUGGAUGAGUCUUUCCAGUCUCAGUCACAGCCAACUACCCCAACAACUCCACAGCCUGCUACUCCUAAUCAACAUUCAGGAUCUGUGGGGCAAAAUGACUUAUCCCAGCAUCAUUCUCAAAAUGCACUAGGUCAUCUGUCUUACCACAGUUCUCAGCCUGGUUCAGUUCAGUACCAGAGUUACCAGAAUUCUGCUGCCGGCUCCCAGCAAGGAUACCAGAAUACAGGCACAGGUUCUCAUGAAUACAGCAACAGUAAUCAGGGGAGUGGACCUGGCAACUCAGGACAGCAUCAUUAUCAAAACUCAAAUUCUGCAUCACAGAACUCCAACCAGCAUCUUGCAUAUAACCAGAACUCAAAUUCUGGUUAUCAGAAUUCUGGAGGCAACCAGCAAUUUCCCCAUCAGCAGCAAAAUCCAUUUUCAGAUGUUUCCAGCAAAAAGAAUAAAGGGGGGCAGCAGCUCUGGCAUAGAAUGAAGCAGGCCCCAGGAGCUGGUGGAGUGAAGUUCAACAUUCAGAAACGUCCAUAUGUGCUAACAAAUCAGUCGUUUGCCUCGUCUGAGCAAAAUAAUGCAAUGGCCACUUCACCGUCUCAGAACAACGUGACAACAGCAAAGCCAGAAGACUGGCCACAAGCCAUGAAAGAAUAUGUUCAGCGUUGUUUUACUGCUUGCGAGUCUGAAGAGGAUAAGGAUCGCACAGAAAAGGUUCUGAAGGAAGUCUUGCAGGGGAGGUUGCAGGAUGGCUCAGCCUAUACUAUUGAUUGGAGCAGAGAACCUUUGCCAGAGUUGAAAAAGAACAGAUGGGAAACUGUGUCACACAGAGUCUCUGAAUCAAUAAGCCAGACCAGUGGUAGACUUGGCAGUACUGCAAGUGGAGGUUUAUCUGGGAGAGUGACCAUGACCGGCAGGACCAGGGGAGGGGGCUCUUCAACCAAUUCCUCCCACUCCUCCUUCAGUCCUCAUAAGCUGGGUCACUACAGGAAUGUUUUUACCAAAGACCAGAGUACCUCUUCAAGUAGUAGUCGCUCCCGAUCUCGCUCCUCUUCACCCCACCGGCGGCAACAUCACAGGCGAAGUGACUCUGGGUCACAGUCUGAUAGCAGUCUUUCAAGUGAUGCCCGACCACUUGUACGGAGAAAUCAAAAAGGAGACAGAGGCCGUGGAGGAAGAGGACGAGGUGGUAGAGGAAAUCGAGGAAGGAGGAAUGCAGAUGAUUCUGGCACAGCACAGAAGCGUGGCCGAAGAAAAGGUGGUUGUGCGGGACUUGACUUUGAGGACCCUGAGAGAGAGUUCAAAAAGCAGAAUCGUGCUGCUAGGUUUCAAACAGGCCCAAGUGGAAAGAAAUUGCGGACAGAGCCCCUUGUUCUUCAGAUCAAUUCAUUUGAUAACCAUAGCUCUACGACAUGUGGUGAUGGCCUAGAUUGGGAAGAUUUCAAGAUUGUUGGUACCAGUCAAGAAAUUACCAAGCACUAUUUGAGGCUUACUUGUGCUCCUGAUCCCUCAACUGUUCGACCUGUUGUUGUACUUAAAAAAUCACUGCUGGCUGUAAAAAGUCAUUGGAAGACCAAUCAGGAUUAUGCCUUUGCUUGCGAACAGAUGAAGUCAAUUAGACAAGAUCUGACGGUUCAAGGUAUUCGCACUGAGUUCACAGUAGAGGUUUAUGAGACACAUGCCAGGAUUGCUUUGGAAAAGGGUGAUCAUGAGGAGUUUAACCAGUGCCAGACACAGUUAAAAGCCCUUUAUGGUGAGUCUCUGUCUGGCAAUGUGGGAGAAUUCACUGCCUACAGAAUCCUGUACUACAUCUUCACCAAAAAUUCUGGAGACAUAACUACUGAGCUAGCCUACCUGACUCGAGAAAUGAAGACUGAUCCAUGUGUAUCUCAUGCAUUAGCGCUUCGUACAGCGUGGGCUCUGGGAAACUACCACAAAUUUUUCUGUCUUUACCGUACAGCUCCUCGGAUGGGAGCCUACCUCAUUGACAAGUUUGUGGAGCGAGAAAGAAAGUUGGCUCUAAAAGCGAUCAUCAAAGCUUUUCGUCCAGCGGUUCCCAUCGAGUACAUCCAGUCAGAGCUGGCCUUUCAGACGCAAGAGGAUUGCCUGGCUUUCCUCAACGGUCUUUCCAUCUCUUAUCUCGGGAAUGAUCCCUCCAAAAUAGACUGCAAACUCAGUGUUUCUGUACUGGCCAACUUUUGAUGUUUCAGCACAUAUUCUAUUCUGCCUCAUUAGCAGAAAUAUUUAACCAGAGGAAAGUGUCUGCCAAUGUUCAUGCUGUGGAUAUUGGCAAAAUGGCUGUACCCAGAUUUGAUGGAUGGUUCCACUAAAGGUUUACACUGUACCAUGAAAAGGAGAAGGGUUCUACGAGAGGUCGGUCUUCUGAUACUCCCAAUAGUUGGAGCCCCUCCCCUGGAUAUGAUCAGUAGUCAUUGUUUGGUCUUCUUGAAGAGUGCUACAAGCAGAUUAAAGGGAAGAGACUAAAAGGCUUGUGUUGUCGCCAGAAGAUAUGGGAUUUUCUGGUAGUACAAUAUGGACAUUGUUGCCCAAAGAGGAGCUUUGCAUAAUUAUCGUGCACAGAAACUGAACAGUAAAGCUGCCAGUCGAUUAUCAUUUUCAUAAAAGAAGGCUUUGGAGUUGGUAGCAUAUGUUACCUGCCCACUUGUAAGAAGCCAGCCCUUCAUUCAGUCCAGAGCAGAUCAGCGGCCACUCCUUGGGCCAUCUUUUUUUAAAUAUUUAUGAAUGAUUUUAUAGUAAUUGAAUGAUGCUUGUGGUCCCUUGCACUAAGUAUUCAACUAUAGGAGAAAUUUGAACAUGGAGAGAGACUUGGCUGUCCUGUUUUAUAAAUUGGCUGGAAAAGGAUGGCAUUUUAUUCUGGACUGAUUACAAGAGAGCCUUAAAGUAGCUGCACUUAGCCAAGUUCACUUUAAACCUACUGCAGUUUUGAGCUUCUGUGCAGUAGAAAAUGAAAUCAAGAGAUCAAUUAGGACAAUUCAAAGUGGUAUAUAAACAUCCUUUUUUAACCGCCAUGUGGGCCGAUUUAUGUCAGGUGUUUUUUUUUUUGUUUGGUUUUUUCGUUUUUUUUUUUUUUUUUUUCCCCCGCAGAGAGUCAGUAUUUCUUAAAACCACCGAAAAAGCUCAUCUGACCUCAACCAGUUCUCAGGUCCACAUAAACUAUAGAGAGGAAGAUGCAUGUAGUAUUCGCCUAGACAAAAUGGUAUACUACUCUGUCUUUGCUCCAUAUAGUAUGCUUGUAGCAAUGUGCAGUGAACCAUUUGCAUUGCUGGACUGAGUAGUGAGGUCUUUCUUCAAAGACCAUCUUUCUCAUGGAGUUCAAAGAUCUGGUCCAUCAGGUGAAAGCAGUUUUGGGAAAGGAGAGGUGAAGAUGUUGCCGAACAACCUUUUUUCCUGCCACCAACUAAAAAUACUCUAUUGAUGUGAGGAAGAUCUGAUUGGAAGAUACAAGAGGCAUGCUGUAAGGAAGAUCUGAUUAGAAGACACAAGGCACUCCAGUUAUGUGAGAUUCAUCGGAAACUGCCGUCCUAGUUUUUCUCUUCCAGCUCAAGUGUUACGGCUCUUCAUAGCAGCUUAAAAAGGGAAAAUGAUAGCUAGUAAUAUAUAUAUAUAUUUUUUUUUAAUUCAGAUCCCAGCCAUUAGAUUUUACUCCACAUUUUCACUGUGUAAUUAGUGUUAAGUUCAUCAUGUGUUUUUAAAUGUGAAGGUGCCAAAUUGUUUGUGUGUGAGCUUUGUGUGAUUGUUUAGGCAGUUAAAAUGGUGUGCUGGCAUGCUCCACAAAUAACUCUGAGUCUCUUUCACAGUAGUUUGUCCAAUGGAUCUUGUGUGUGUGUGUGUGUGUUUUUUUUUUUUUUUAUAUAAAGUUAGCAGUUUAGAUUUUUGAGCCUCAAGCAGUGGUAUAAUUGGUAAGUCUGGAUUGCAUACUUAUUGUUGUUUUUUUUUUUUUGUUUUUUUUGCCUUUUUUUCUGUUUAAGGAAAAUUUGACAUUAGGACAGCAUUUACUUCAUAUCAACUGUGAAGUGUUUAUUCCUGUUAGCCAUAAUGUCGGUUUCCAAAUACUUUUAAAUCCCCCCAAGCAGAAAGUUAAAAAGUUCAGAUUGAAUAUAGUUGCUGAGUUAAUUUUGGGGAAACAUGGGUCCAGCUUUCGUAAAGCUCAAUUCUCAUGUUUGGACAUCUUUGAUAUUCUGCUUUGUUGCCUGCUGUAAAUCGGUAUCUUCACCACAUUACCUUGCAUUUUGUGGUGGCUUUGUUUGGUGGCUAUUCUUAUCUAGGUUCAUCGUCAUUUAUGAAGAUCAUGUUGUCUUUGUCAUGUUUGUAAGAAUUGCAUUUGUGGAGCUCGGUUGGUAUGUGCACAAGGGAUGAUGUCUUCAAGUUUAUAACAGGCCUCUUACUACUAGGGUCCCAUUGGGGUUUGAGGCUGUUUUAUGGAAUCAGGCUUUUUUUUUUUUUUUUUUUUUUUUUUUAAAAAAGAAGGAAGUCUAUAUAAUUUGUUAGUGUUUCUCAUUUAUACAUGAAUAGUUUAUGUGUUGAUAUACUUCUGUUGUGAAAUUUUUGCCUUAAUUUCUUGAAUUUCCCUGUGUGUGCUUGUUUGUGUAUGGAAUGACAGAGUAAGGGCUGGAUUGGAGAAAUAGGCAACACUUGUGGGCCAGCAGCUUGGCAGCGAUUGUACAAUCCACAUGUUUAGUGGGUUUAGCUGGGUGUUUUUGUAAUAUUUAUAUAAAACAAUACGACGGGUGUUGUAUAUUGAAAUUUUUUAGGAAUCUAUACGUAUGCUAUAAAGUAUAAAUACAGGAUAUUCAUUGAAGUUAUCAUUUUCUUACACUGAAUACAGAUAUGGUUCAGAACAUCAGCGUUUUCUGAUGAUUGAACAAUGUGCACUUUUUAUAUGCAAUUUUUAUACCUUUUUGUGUAUAUGUAUAUUGUGUAUAUAUAUAUAUAUUUUUUUUUGUUUUGUUUUGCUGGUUUACUGUCUUGUGAACACCAUGUUUGUUUCAUAUUUAUGACCAAAUUAACUUGGUUAGUUCUCAAGCUUUUUGUCUUUCAGUAUUUGAAUGGAUCGAUCAAAGGCAAGGGGGAAAUUAAUAUGAAUAUCAACAUAAAGAAUGCAAAGCAGUGAUCUGAGCACAUUCCCAUUUUUGUGGUCAGUUCAACAACAUUUUAAUCAAGCAGCAGCCAAGCAAAGCCAGUCAAGAAGAAAGAAUAUUGAAGUUCCUUUCUUUAGAAUGGCGGUCAUCACUUUAGGAAGAUCAUUUUGGAAAGAGACUUGCUAUAAAAGAGGAGUC